UCCAUCGGAGGAGUAAAGAUGGCGGACAACGGCGGCGCAGAUCCUGUUAAUAACAACAAUGAUACAACUGUUGGUUUGGAGGGAACUAUUAUUAAGGUCACAGUCAAAACCCCAAAAGACAAGGAGGAAAUCGCCAUCUCGGAAGAUGCCUCUGUCACUCAGUUUAAAGAGGAGAUCUCACGGAGGUUCAAAGCCAAGCAGGAUCAGUUGGUUCUGAUCUUUGCAGGGAAGAUACUGAAAGACGGGGACUCUCUCAACCAGCAUGGCAUCAAGGAUGGCCUGACAGUCCAUCUGGUCAUAAAGACAGCACACAAGGCAGGAGAUGGCGCUAGUUCCUCUUCCUCCUUCACCACCCAGGUGGGCAGCAGUAGUGGCAACUCCUCUGGCCCCAGUUCUUCAGCCCACCCUUCUACUGUAGGGUCCACUGGAGGCCCUGCCUCAGCACCCCCACAGACCCCCAACAUACUGACUGGGUUCGGUGGCUUGUCCAGCCUGAGCAGCAUGGGCAUGGGCUCCGCUAACUUCAUGGAGCUGCAGCAGCAGAUGCAGAGCCAGCUGAUGUCUAACCCGGAGAUGCUGUCCCAGAUCAUGGAGAACCCCCUGGUGCAGAACAUGAUGUCCAACCCAGACCUGAUGAGGCAGAUGAUUGUGGCCAACCCCCAGAUGCAGCAGCUGAUGGAGCGCAACCCCGAGAUCUCCCACAUGCUCAACAACCCAGAGCUUAUGAGACAGACCAUGGAGCUGGCCAGGAACCCUGCCAUGAUGCAGGAAAUGAUGCGUAACCAGGACCGGGCGCUUAGCAACCUGGAGAGCAUCCCCGGAGGCUACAAUGCCCUGCGCAGGAUGUACACAGACAUCCAGGAACCUAUGUUCAGCGCAGCACGAGACCAGUUUGGAAACAACCCUUUCUCAGCCCUGGGGGGCAACUCUGACGGGGGGGUGCAGCCGUCGAGGACAGAGAACCGGGAGCCCCUGCCCAACCCCUGGGGUUCAACUAACCCCUCUGAGGGUGGAGGGGGCACUGGCACCACAGGCUCCUCUACCACUGGCAGCACCACCCCCAAUGUGUCCAACCCUCUGGGCGUCAACUCUGCCAGUCUGGGUAACGGCAUGUUCAGCAGUCCGGGCAUGCAGAGUCUGAUGCAGCAGAUCUCGGAGAACCCCCAGCUGAUGCAGAACAUGCUGUCUGCUCCCUACAUGCGCAGUAUCAUGCAGUCUCUGGCCCAGAACCCUGACAUGGCCUCCCAGGUGUUGAUGAAUAACCCUCUGUUGGCUGGAAACCCCCAGCUGCAGGAACAGUUCAGGAGCCAGCUGCCCGUCUUCCUGCAGCAGAUGCAGAACCCAGAGGCUCUUUCUGUGAUGACCAACCCCCGUGCCAUGCAGGCUCUCCUCCAGAUACAACAGGGCCUACAGACACUGCAGACAGAGGCACCGGGACUCAUGCCAAGUUUGGCACCAGGUGGACUGCCAGGAGGUCUCCCUGGAGGUCUACCAGGGGGACUACUGGGCGGAUUACCAGGUGGAAUACCCACAACUCCCCUGUCCACGGGAGGGGGUGUGGCUCCAGAGAACCCUGCCUCUUCGCCGAGUGCUGGGGAAAACCCAGCCCAGCAACUGAUGAUGCAGCAGAUGCUCCAAAUGUUCGCAGGAGGGAAUUCCUCGAGCCAGACCCCGGAGGUGCAGUUCCAGCAGCAGCUGGAGCAGCUGGGUGCUAUGGGCUUCAUUAACAGAGAGGCCAACCUGCAGGCCCUGAUCGCUACCGGAGGAGAUGUCAACGCUGCCAUCGAGAGACUGCUGGGCUCACAGCCCUCAUAAAGACACACUCACUCAGUCACAUCGAUACAGACACAUGCAUACAUACUAUCCACCUCUGCAGCAAGGGGAACUCACACGCAUAUACAUUGUCUACAGAGAACCAAGAGAGAAGAAAUAAACCAUCCAAAAAAGACACAGACGAAACCCGGUCAGGACAUGUACCAUUCUAAACAUCCACCGCAGUCUCCUGUCAGAUCAUUCCCUAACCAUGGCUCCCUUACCCUCUGGUUUUAGCCUCGUCCAUAGAGCUCUGCUCAGCAGGACCAGACUGACCGGAUCAUUUCCUCAACAGAGGGGUGCCCGGUGAAGGGAGGGGGGUGAGCGAGAACGGCACAGAUUUGCCUCCCUCCAAACCCUCUCCAAAACAGAAUUUCUUUACUCUACCAGAAUCACUAAUCCGUCUUCCUCUUUAAUAAAGCUGUGUUUAUUCCAGGGGUAGACCACCCUGGUCCUGGAGAGCUGCAGGCACUUCAUGUUUUUGAUUUAACUGACCUGGCUGACCAGGGGUGUUGAGUUUAGGCAGUCACUGAACUGAUCAAUUAGCUCAGUUGGUCAAGUGUGGUGCCUAGUUGGGGCAAAAUCCUGCAGUACCUGAGACACUCCAGGAACAGGGUUGCCUACCCCUGGUUUAUUCAAUGGGUUGGAGGGUUCGUAGUGCGGCAGAUAGAAAUGCAUUGCAUAAAGCUGUUUAUGAAACUUCAUAACGCAUUCCAGGGAUUUGUUUCCUGUAUUUGUUGCAUUUCUAGCUGCAAUGUGUUUGUAACCUUCCACCCUUUUGACUAAGCCCCUGGUUGCAGGGUAAGGUAUAUGAAGACCGGAGGAAGAGAAUCACAAAACAGAACUUCCUCAAUUUCACACGGAUAUCAGUUAAGCCUGCCCAAAACCCUUUCUAUUUAUUGCUAAAAGAACCCCCACACUUCCCUAAAAUAAUCCAAAUAGUCAUUCCAGAUAGGAAAUCUCUAUCUCCACUCAGCUGUGAGUUGUUCCCUGAAGGUAGGAUUGCUGUGCUUUUUUGUCUUCAACAAAACAUUUAACACCAACCACUCUUAUCAAAUGGAUCGAUUUGAUCAAACCCUGGCUAGUCAAAUCAAAUGAGUCUGCCAUUGGUGGUCUAGAUUGACUUCACACACCGGCGUGUCACAAGUUUGAGAACUGUCAUGAUAAUGGUUAUUAAAAAGACAGAAAGGAGUUCUGAGGAAGAAGACACAGACAAGACAGACAGAUUUCCUUUUCAUUUUAAUCUGAUUCAUUAUGUAUUUUAAUUUGAUGUGUAAGUAGUACAUAUAGAAUCUGUUUUGUCUCAUUAAAAAAUAAAAACAAAUCUUCCUGGAAAAUGUAUGAAUAAAAUAUAAUGAAAAAAAAAGCUUUCCAUUUUUGGUAUGGUGUGGCAAUGAAGUUCUAGCUUUUUGCUUUUUCUGAGAAUCUCAGCAUUGUAGUUGUGGUAACCUUGGCAAUGGCUUUUAUAGCUGUGCUUUGUCUGUUGGCCUCAGCUUAAAUCUAUCACCCAAUUCAACAUGUUGGAACUAACCUUUAACAGUACUGUACUACAAAAUAAAACAAAGUUGGUCAAUAAGAACCCUC